AUGCAUCUCCUGAAUACGGCCAAGCUUCUACAUGAGAACCCAUACACGGGCGACAGGAUCACUAAAGCCUGCAUCGUCCACCUGGAACCCUCAUUACUACGUGAUACCCUGAAGUCGCAACAACAGCAGCAGGCUUACGACAACAACACCAACGAGGAGGAUGUUUUCUCGGCGCUCGGUUUGACGCAUGAUAGCAGCGACGGGCCUGUAAAUGGAAUUGCUGAGACAAGACAGAGAGGUUCUGAGCUGGUCGCUAUCAAGUCCUUGUCGAGCUCUACAUCCUACGCCGACGGAUUCGAUAGCUCAUCUGACGAUGAAGAAGCAGACGAUGAGGACGAAGGUGAUUGUAGCGAUAUAGCACUGCGGCAAAGGCCAUUAGCGCAUGGAUGGACUACGAUUGGCCAAACUGAUGUCCCACAGAAGGUCAAGUUUGGACUCAAAGCCAAGCGUGAGAUUGCAGCCCUUCGCGCCGCUCAAGGGCAUCCCAAUGUGGUGCCGUUCUUGGGAUUCACGGGACAUAAAAAGCCCAACGUGUUCCACAAAGCCCGCAGACAGGAACAAGACUCAUCACCAGCGAAUCUGGGCAUUUCACCUGAACCCCUUGGAGGAUCUCUCUUUGGAUCGGCCUUACCUCUUGGCAGUAGUCUCUUUCAGUCUGACGCAGGAGGCAUCCCAACAUCAACACUUACACUGCUACAACCAUCGUCAACUUCCAUUCUCGAGGACGGCCCUCAGAACCUGUUUGCACCCUUCCGUCAGAGUUCUGGAUGGGAUAGCGACGGCUAUGACUCUGACACCAGUGAGAACGUACACGAGAUUGAUCCCAACAGCUCUACUGAGGCCAAGCUUCACCACUUUCACAGGAUAUUCUCGCGUCAACCGGGGCCUGGUGGGAUCAUCUUGCCGCUGGUUCACAAUUCGUUGCAGGAUCUUAUCCAGAUUGGUUGGACAAAGACGAGACCUUUUAUGGUGGAGACAUGUAUGCGACAGAUCCUGGAGGGACUGGCUUGGAUCCAUGAUGAGGCUGGGCUGAUUCAUAGAGACAUCUCGGCAGGCAACAUCCUGGUCACGAUUGGGCCUGGAGGAUACAGGGAUGAGCAGAUGGGUGUAGUGCAGGACAGGAAGGACGGAAAGGGGUGCGGCGUUGUCCAGUGUCUGAUUUCUGACUUUGGCUGUGCCACCUUUCAUUCAGCCUCUGAGACGACUGCUGAGACCGUCCCACAUGAGGAGGAAGCGGCGGUAGAUGAGGAUGAUCAACACAACCACUACCGACCACAGCAGAGACAGCAGCAGGGACUCACCUUUGAAGUCGGCACAAGGGCAUACCGAGCACCUGAACUGCUGUUUUCUUCGGGAAAGUACACCAAUGCGAUUGACAUUUGGUCCGCAGGAGUGCUCUUUGCCGAGAUGUACUUAGGAAAACAUCUCUUUGAGGCAGAGUCGGAUAUCGGCCAAGUCUGCGCCAUUGUCAAGGUGCUUGGUACACCCACGGAGGAUAACUGGCCUGAGUACAAGACAAUGCCGGACUAUGGCAAGUUGAUAUUCCAGGCAUUGGAGGUCAACGACUUGUCAUCAAUUCUCCUUGGCUCGUCUCCACCGUCUCUGGACGAGAAGGAGAAUGAUACCUCCGAUUCGCUGGCCACACACGACGAUGACAACGACAGAGAGGAGGAGACUGCGCCGCCAACUUUAAUUUCCGAAGCAUCGUUCCGACUGAUUGAGCACAUGGUCACCUUUUCUGGAGCAACACGACCCUCAGCACGUCAGGCCCUUUCUGAGCUCCCGUCUUUAUUCGGUCUCUCCGUGGACGAGAAUGGCGAGCCUAGAGAUGGUGAGCUUCUGAAGGAGUGUAUUCUGGAUGUUCAGCAUGUUUUGGAUGAGCUGCAGCGGUUCAAGGCACGGGAAGCGGAUGAGUCUGAUGAUGGAGAAGGAGGAGGUGGUAUGUUUAUGUUCAGCCUUGGAGGAGGGGGCCAUGGCGCUGAUGGAGCUCAUUGGCAAAACGCCGAAUUUGAAGAGGGGAGCGACGACGACAAUGACGGUCAAAGGUCAAUUCGGUCAGACGACUUUUCGAGAUAUGAUUUUCAAUCAGCAACAACGGCAGCAAUUGGACAUGACGAUAAGCAGGAACAGGGACAGGGUCGACAGUUUGGACGGGAGUUUGAUGGGUAUGAUGGGUAUGAUGGACGUGGACACGAGUUUGUGUCGUCUAUGUCUGUGUCUGAGCACGGCGAAGGCGAAGUAGGAGCUGGAGGGAUAGAAGGGGAGAAAGACGGUGGACCGGUAAGGGCUGUCAAGCGGCAUAGGGGUGUCAGUGGAGGUGACAGCAGCUUCGACAGCCAACAGGGAUCCGGUUAA